GGAUAGAGAAAAUACUAUAAUCUGGAAUAAUUUGAUAGUGGCAUAAAAAUAAAAUACCGACGCCAAGUCUAUCAACAUACUAUAAAGAAAAACUGUAAUCAUAUAUAAAAACAAAAAACAAUUAAAGUCUGAAAUAAACAUCAAUCACGGUAAAGAAACGACUCGGAAUAUUUAUCUCAGUAUAACUUUAACUCGUACAUCAUUACUGAUGUAUUUAUUGGUGCUUUAAACCAAUUUAGGUACAAUUAGUGUUCAACGACUUUAUUUAUUGCGCCAUACAGUUUUCAUUCGGCGUCCAAAAAGACGGUGCCCGCGCUAUUAAGUUUCAUUUUCUAGCCUGAUAAGCCAGUAGGAAGGGCAAGGAAGGACAGGUGUACGCGUGACACGGGUAUGUUGAUUAGGUUGUAUAAUAUAGAUAAACAUAAGAGUUAUUACUUCAGAAUUUUGAUGGAAAACAUACCCAAUCUACUGCCAUAUGCGAAUCUUCAAUCGUUGCAGGAGAAAUAGAAUACCGCCGAUUACUAGCAUGACACUUUGCCGACAGUUUGUGGCUUCUAAAACCGUUCCUAUUUCAUCUGUCUAAAAAAUCUAACUUAAUAAUGUAACACUAUUAUCCUUUCAAAUACAGUCAUAAAUAAUUGACAGGAUUAAAAAAAAUAAUUCGAAACUAAAGGAAAUAAUUCGUAUUUUGUGGAAUUAACCCAAAGUGACAGUGAUAAUGCCAAGAAGACGCAAGGAACACAAAGAAAGCGAAGACGACGAGGAUUGUUCAAUGAGAAAGUUGUCAAAACAACACCAUCCAAUUCAAAGACAUGCGGCAAAUGAAAGAGAACGUAGCAGAAUGAGGGUUUUAAGUAAAGCGUUUUCAAAAUUAAAGACAACUUUGCCAUGGGUACCUUCAGACACAAAAUUAUCGAAAUUAGACACUUUAAGACUUGCGUCAAGUUAUAUUGCACAUUUAAAACAGAUUCUAGACGGUAAUGAAGAAGAGGAACAGUGCAAUCAGCCUAGUACUAUACAUCCACUAAAUCUGACAUGGCCGUUCAGUUUUCAAGGCAAGGUAGAACACAAUGGAUUCUCUCACAUGGAUAACGGAAAGAGCGAUAAAGACUCGAGCAGUGCAUUAUCAGAGGAUCAAAAUUUGGACGAUCUUGUCUCUGGAUCACCGUAGAAUGACUUGAACUCUCCUGGAACUGGAAUGAUUUAUUCCUGUUAAUAUCCUGGAUUAUUCUGUUCACUUAAAAUUAAGAGAUAGGCGACAGAACGAGAGUGUUAAUUUCAACUUUUAAAUUUACAGCGACCAUGACCAAAUGUUGCAAGACUUCGUUUGAAGCUCAAGUCUUGAAAAUUGACGAUUGGAAAGGUUGCGUUUUCAAGCCAAUGAAUUAUCGUACCUGAGCACAAACAAGCUUCAGGGUAUGGUUAAGGAAAACACGAACUAUUUCUCUGUCUAUGUGAAAAAAAAAUGGUGCACAAACGUUUACAUGUCGUAAUACCAUUGUUUCAAACGCUAACCGUUACACGGCGGCGGUAGCGACCAGGUAAUUUACAGUUCACAUAAGGAUAUAAAGCUAAAAUGUUGAUAUUAAGGUAAAGAAGGCUUAUGAGAGCACCAUCUAGCGGAACGUCACGACGCCACGUCUUUGCGAUCUAAGCGUUUACGGUAAACAGCUUGUAUGCUAACGAUUUCAUUUCGCAUCCAGUUUUUCGUCAUAUUUAAACAAUUAUAUAUCUAAUUUUUGUUUAUAAAGGAGUGGAUAUAACUACUGCCUACUUUUAAUAUAUUUUCUGAUAUAAUUCAUUUCCAUCAAAGCUGGAAUGAACGACUAGAAACAAAAAAAAAAUAUGUUCAGAGUAAAAAAAUGGCUAUACUUUUGUCAGCAUUUGACCGUAUUCAUAUUGAACACUCAGAUGAAAUCUUCCACAGUUUUUAUCAGUAUGUGUAUUUUUUUCAAAUUUCAAUAUUAUAGCUGGAUAUAGCCGCUAAAUCGAUUACAUUGUCAACUUAAGCUUGGAACAAAACCGGGUGAUAUGAAUGAGCUGAAGUAUAAAAUAAGAAAGAUAAAAAAUUUAGAACCCCGAUUCCCCGAAACAUGACCGCUCAGGGACUGUUUUAAAACAACACUCCUAAUUAAAAAAAAACAGCACUGUCCUGACAAAAAUAUGAAUAAACGGUAGCGUUGUUAAACUCGCAAAAGUGAUAACAAUGAACUUUCGCGUUUUAACAAUUAACUGUUAUCUUCCGAGCGUGUUUGAUUGCUCCUUGUUUCAUAUAUAAAAUAAUACAAGCAUAUCUUUUUAACACAGAACAAAAACAACUGGGCCGGGCUGCAAGUUAUUUCAACAUCGACAUACAGCCAUUCAUACAUUGUCAACUUUCAUCUUUUUAAAUGAACAUUGUGUACGGCAGCUGAAAUGAUCGAUAAUGAGAGGUAUUUGUGAACUUGGCAAUAGCCAAAGCCCCACUCAACGCACAGUUGCACACAGGGGAAAUUUUACAGUGUUCAAGAAUCGUGUUCAUGCUUUUUUUUCUUCUUUAUAUAGAUCAUAAGUGUUUUCAGGAUUCUUUUUAAACAGUCCAGAAAAGAAAAAAAUCGGGUCGCGAAAAUACGUAAUAUUUGACAACUACGCUCACUAUGGAAUGACAACAUUCUGUAAACAAGAUUUUGAUAUUUUGUUCAAUAAAUAUAAACAAGAUUUUGAUACUUUGUUCAAUAAAUACUAAUAUUUGUGUGUGUUUUUGGAAGGAUUUUACUUAUGUUAAUGCCAGAAUGUAUUGAUUUUUUUUGCUUGCACGCAUCGUUCAUGUUACUUUUUAGUACUUAAAAUAGAAAAAAAAAGACUGGUUUUCCCAGUUCUUUCUGAAGUUAACUGUUAACAAUAUCUGGCCUUUACUUUUUCAGCACUUUCACGUUUCGAAAAUACUUCGAAUACUUUAGAUUGUAAAGGUGUUUUGAAAUCGUCAGUUAGUAGGUCUCUGAAUUUAUAACAUGUUUUUGACAGAUAAUUAUUCAGCGGUAAUUAUAGACGGCGAAUAAAGUUUUCAUCAGAAAUCUACCAGGAUAGAUUGGUUUAACUGUCGUCUGCAAUGAAGAAUAUUGGUGCUAGUUACAUGGCGGGGGAAGACGUUCUCAAAAAGUAGCCCGUUGAAAGCAUCUCCUAUAAUGCUAGAUUAGUAAGACUGUAUGAUUUUUUUCAGAUUGCCUUCAUUUGUCGUCUGCGUUCUUCCGCCUAGGCAAUGCCGUCGUCAUAGUUGGCCCACGCUUUGAGUACAGUCCACUUUAUCGAUUUUCUACACUUCGCUGACAACUAGCUGACCGAGGGUUACUUUCCUAUUUGGCAUAAUUAAUUCUGCAGCUUAAAUAAUCGCCAGUUUCUGUCGCCAAAUCAAAAAAAAAUAUUCGCCAUUUAAAUUAAAUAAUAACAAAUGGCGAUCGACAGCGCGAGCCCUGAAAUUUAUUACUGUCAAAGUAAGCAUUCCUUCGGUGAAUAGUCGGAGUACAUAUUUGAAAAAUUACAUCACCUUGUAAGUUUCAAAGGGCUUGUUUUAUAAAAUGGAAAAAAUACUUUUUGAAUCAAAUGUUGCGCCGAAAUUAAAUUAAUCGCCAUAAAAACGGCAAAGUCACAACUAUUUACGGUAGGCUAAAACGUAAAUUUUCGACGUCAUUUGCGCAAAAAGUGUGCAUUUGACCUUUUCAAUAGUUGUACAUCGGGUAAAGAUCAACUUUUGCUUUUAUUUAAACAGGUUAUCAAGAAUCCAUCUUGUUUUUGAAAAUACCGCUCAUUACGCCUUCUUAACCUUAACUCAUCUUCAAUGUUAAAAAGUGAAUUUUGCAUGACAUAUUUUGUCGGUUCUGGUAAAAUUGAAACACAAAAAUCCGGUUUACAUUGCAUGCAAAUUAUAUUGUAGGUACAAAAGUGUAAUACUACUUAUUUGCAUCUUUACUAAAAUAAUAAAGUAAAUAAUGGCAGACAUAGUUUCAAAAAUAGUCUGUAUCAAAUUCAGUAAGUACAAUUUUGUGAUAUUUUGCGAAAAAUUGGAUCGGUUCCUGUCAACUUGCAAACAAAAAAACAAACGAGCGCCAGAUUUUGAACUUUCAAUGCACUUUUUAAUUCGUACUGAUGACCGCAAUAACACAGUAAUAUAUGUUACUAGAAUAUUAUUUAGGUAUAGAUCGUUAAUUUUAUUUGUUGGAAACUGUUCCGCCGACAAUAAUGUGUAACAAGCUUUCUACCUUUUUUUUAGUGUUUAGUUUCUUACAAAACAUUUAGCAGGACACAGGUCUAAAAAAGUGCUGUCAAGAUAAAAGGGACUGUCUUGAUUAAUGAAUUUUUAAGUUUCUCCUUUGAACUGAACCGAAAAAAAUAUACAUAAACAAGUUUUCCUUGAACAGACAAUAUUCCACUUUCAAACUUUAAAGAUACACAGAAGAUCAUUUACAUUUACAAAAAUUGUCGUUUUAAAAAAUAUACGAUCAGAUAUUUUCUAUUUUUUCUCUGUCAGUUCUAAGCUCAUUGUAAACAAAGAAAAGCAUGUUCUAAUCAAGUUCAAUUAAACAAUCUUUACCAGUUACAUUUCAUUAUUUCAAGUGUCUCUGAAGGCAUUUGUGUUGUUAUUUUAUAUUAUAGUUUUUUUUUAAUCAACCUUAUAGCUGCAAAAUGUACCAGAUGACAGUGUUAACAUUGUGUAUGUAUGCAUUCUCUAGUACAUCAUUAUUGUUAGAGAGUUUAACGAUCAAAAUAAUAUGUGGAAUGGCAAGACAUUUUUGUAUAGACGGAUUUACAAAGCUAUUGGUUGCCCUAAUGUUUUACCGUAUGUUUUGAUUUUACCGCUCAUGCACUCUUUACGUGUGGCAAAAAGACCGCUCAACAAUAAGGAAACCUACAUAAGCGCGAUUCAUGGAUUUACCGAUUCUAUUCUGGUGUUCGUUUCAAUUGGAAUAAAUCUGUAACCCCGUCGAAAAGUUUUUAAGUCUUUAACUAUUCUUAAUUAUACUUUUAAUUCUAAUGAUAUUAUCACGUAAGCUAAUAGCGACAGGUUGUAAGUUCUGUCGGAUGUAAUGUUAAGAAAUGUCCAUACACACAUAAGCUUUUUAAGUUGAUGGAAAAUAUCAGUUUCUCAUUUUUCUUUAAACUAACUUUGUCGAGAUGAAAGAUCAAUAUUGCUGAAAAAUAGUUUAUUGCCUGUUAAUGCGCAUUAAUCUAAGUAUCUCAUUUUGAACAAGGCAAAUGUG